AUGUCAUCCUCUGUUCACUUCAAGUUCAAAUCUCAAAAAGAGCCCUCGCGGGUAACAUUUGAUGGCACCGGUAUCUCUGUCUUCGAAUUGAAACGAGAAAUUAUCAAUCAGAGUAGGCUGGGCGAUGGGUCUGACUUCGAAUUGUCAAUUUAUAACGAAGAUACUGGAGAGGAGUACGAUGAUGACACAACAAUAAUUCCUCGUUCGACUUCCGUGACAGCUCGAAGGCUCCCUGCCGCGCGACCCGGAAAGGGUGGAGCUGCUCGCUAUGUAUCUGGAAAGAUGCCUGUUAAUGCACGCAGUGCGCCGCGGAAUGAUCAGUCUGUGUCGAGCCGAGCAACCCCAGGUGCUAGCCACACAGUCAAUACCAGUGUCUUGGAGCUCAAUAAUGCACAGACGGAAGACGAGAAGAUCAAUGCGCUUUUCAAUUUGCAAGCGAACCAAUGGAAGGAACAGCAGCAGGAGAUGGCCAAUGCUACGCCUGUCCCUUUCGGUCGUGGAAGAGGAAAACCCGUGAAUGUCCCUGAUCACCCUCCGCCUCCAGGGUACCUCUGCUACCGUUGCCGUGAGAAAGGUCAUUGGAUACAAGCAUGUCCCACGAAUAAUGACCCGAAGUUUGAUGGCAAGUAUAGAGUAAAGCGUUCCACCGGAAUACCCCGUUCUCUUCAGACUAAAGUUGAGAAACCGGAAUCUCUCACGGUGGACGGCUCGAAUGAAGAUCUGAAGAAUACAGGCGUUAUGGUCAAUGCCGAUGGCGAUUUUGUCAUUGCAAAGCCUGACAAAGCAGCUUGGGAAUUGUAUCAAGAGAAAGCGAAAGCGUCAGCAGCGGCAGCAGCCGAAGCAGCAGCAGCAGAAUACAGUAAAGAAUUACAAGCUCGUGGUCUGGAGUGCCCGAUCGAUAAACGUAUGUUUCUGGAACCAACGAAGACACCAUGCUGCCAGAAAACAUACUGCAAUGAUUGCAUCACCAAUGCUCUGAUUGAAAGCGACUUUGUCUGCCCCAGUUGUGCAACAGAAGGUGUUCUGCUCGAUAACCUUUCUUUGGAUCAUGAAGCUGUUUUCAAGAUCAAAGCAUAUGAGGCCGAACGCGCGGAUUCGAAAAAAGAAAAAGAAAAGCAGCAAACAGCCCAGGAUGGGAAACCUGUCAAUAAGGAGCCCUCGGACCAAGGCAAAGACUCGAUUGCAGGGUCAUCGUCUCCUGUUCCCACCGGUGAAAUCACGCAAGGGCAGUCCAAGAAAAGACCAGCGGAAGACCAGGCUAGCCGAGCGGAAUCUGGAGAUUCUACUCAAAAUUCCUUUCCUUCGUUCCCUUUCAAUCAACAGAUGCCUUUCGGCAAUUUCGGGUUCGUGCAAGGUACAGCCAUGCCAGCAAUGUCCUUUCAAGAUUCAGGAUUUUCCAAUGAUGGAAUGGCGUUCAUGAACCCUAUGAGCGGUUUCUCUAACAACAUGGAUAUGGCCUGGAACCCCAUGAAUGCCAUGAACUUUAAUUCACUUCAGAGUGGAAUGUAUGGUGACCAGGUAAACAAUGGUUUCGGGGCACCCAAUAUGUACAAUGGUACUGGAGAGCCGACUAUGCCUAUGUUUCCUAUGAAUCAAAUGGCAGGUCCAAUGCAACAAAAUCGAGGAUUUCAGCAGGGACCAGGAAUGGGCCACUUUUUUAACCAACAACAAACAAGCUUCAGUACGCCUUAUGCCAGGGAAGAAGAUACGGCAUAUUUCCGUCAACCAGUCAAUCCACAACGACAUCAAGCAAGACAUCGGAGAAUCAGGCCAAGUGAUUACCGGGAACUCUGA